AUGGUUUGUCCAUCGUCGGCUGUAGUCGUAGCUCGUCGGCAAUGUCAGCCAUCUCUGAUAGUUAAAACAGUACGAUAUAUAACAAAUGGCAAUGGAAGUAUUAAUGAUUCGGGUUCAGAUGCAGAUGAUUGCGAAAAUAACAACAGCAUCGGCGAACAUAUUGUAUUUCGACAACGUAUGCCAUCAAUUUUCUUGACUGGUAGACAUCUUACAACAAGAUGGAAUAUCUGGCGUACUUCCUCCAACAACCGUUGUGAUGAGUGCGGCAAGCCACUAAAAAACAUACCAUCAUCGACACCGAGCUCACGUUAUCUGAUUUGUGAAAAUUGUCGGCGGUUGUUUAGCUGUGGUCCGUUAGAUGAUGAUGAGAAGGGAAGCAUUUUGAAAGCAAGUGAAGCAGACAAGAAACCACCGUAUCCAAAAGAGAUUUAUAAUUUCCUGAAUAAGUAUAUUAUUGGUCAAGAACAAGCGAAGAAAACACUCUCAGUUGGAGUUUAUCAACAUUACCUACGUCUUUAUCAUAAUAUUGAGAAUAAUAUUGGUUCACCAGCCAUCAGUAAUGUGGAAGGAAAUCGGCCACGUACAGCAGCAUCUUCGCCUGGUGUGUUGUAUCAGGAAGAUUACAAUAGAACUGGCCGUGCUGACAUUCGUUUUUUCUCAGAAACAUCGGCAUCUCAACAAAAACAUCGAGUUGUUUCACCAGUAUUUCGUCCACUUCCGGAAAACAACGUUCCAAUUCGACUAGAAAAGUCUAAUAUUCUGCUACUCGGUCCGUCUGGUGUUGGUAAAACUUUUAUCACCCAAACACUGGCCCGUAUUCUGGAUGUGCCGAUUGCACUAUGUGAUUGUACUUCUAUGACUCAGGCCGGUUAUGUCGGCGAAGAUGUGGAGAGUGUUGUGCAGAAACUUGUGCAGAAUGCGGGCGGUAAUGUGGAACGUGCACAGCAAGGAAUCGUUUUCUUGGACGAGAUAGACAAAAUAGCUGCAGCACAUAAUGUGCAGUCUCAUGCAUUCAGAGAUGUCAGUGGUGAAGGCGUACAACAUGCGUUGCUCAAAUUAGUAGAAGGAACAUUGGUUAAUGUGAAGAGCAGCCGUAAGUCAAUGACUACGCAACAAGAUUUCGUUCAAGUUGACACAACGGAUAUCCUGUUUGUCGCAUCAGGCGCGUUCACCGCUUUGGACCGUAUAGUUGGCAAACGGCUUGAUAAGAAGACACUUGGUUUAGGUGCAAAAUCAGGAAUGCAACGAAUAACUGAUGAUGAUAAAUUAGAAGAAGCAAUCUCGAAAAAGCGAGACGAUCUUUUACGACAAGCGGAUCAGGGAGAUCUUAUAAAUUUUGGCAUUGUACCAGAACUUGUUGGGCGUUUUCCAGUCAUUGUGCCUUUUCACAGUUUGGAUAAGGGCAUGCUGGUUAGGGUAUUAACUGAACCAACAAAUUCACUACUGGCUCAGAAGAAACUUGAAUUUGCCAUGGACGGUGUAGAUCUUUCGUUUUCCUCCGAUGCGCUUGAUGAGAUUGCUGCGCUUGCACUAGAACGUAAAACGGGUGCACGUGCAUUACGUUCUAUUGUGGAAAAGGUGUUACUGGAAGCGAAGUUUAUGGUACCGGGAAGUGAUAUUGAAAGCGUUCACAUAAACAGGGAGUGUGUGAAGGGCAAAGCUGAUUAUGUAUAUACGCGACGUGCGCAGAAGGCUACAGGUUAA